GCUUCUUUCAACAGCAACAACAGUGAGUCAGACACCUCGAUAGCUUGAUAGACAAAAUAGACGAACCAAUAAACCGCUUUAGACGCUUUCGUGUUUAUUAGCCAGUGUAUUUUAAACUCAAUACUGUCGUCUAGUUAGUUAUCCGAUUUAAUUUCAUAUUUACGGUGUUGUUGUUAUUAUUAUUCAACUAGCGGGCUGGUUCAGUUAGCAUUAGCCUAGCUAGCUAACAUCUCCGACCAUGAGUUCACUAAGCUGUUCUCCUUCUGAUAAAGAAGAGGUGGUCUGCUGGACGGAGAAAGAGGGUCUCGUCAAAGAGGAGGAGGAAGAGGAGGCUGUUACAAUACAAAAACAAGUAGAGGGUGAGGCUGUUACCGUGAAAGAAGAAGAGAAAGACGUUUCAGUGAAAGAGGAGGAGGAUGUUACAGUAAAAGAAGAGGAGGAAGAGAAAGAGGAGGAUUUCGUUUUUGGAGUGAAAGAGGAGGGGGAGAUGACUGUCACAUCCAAAAAGGAGGAGGAAGAAGACGAGGAAACUGGAUAUCUGGGCCCGGUUUCCCAAACGCAUCUUAAGGCAUCCAAUGAUUCUAAUGAUGAAUUUAGCCAUAAGAUGGUUUUGAGAAACCGUUCCCUGAUUAACACUAGAUCUCUAAAUCUGGACAGUUGCUGCUCUGAUGGAGAAGGAUGUGACUAUCGUGGAUCCUCUGGGGAGACUCAACAACCUCAUGAUGCAGAGCAGAGUCUCUCCACAUCAGAACAUCUCAAGAAACACCAGCAGACACCCACAGGAGAGAAAUCUAACCACUGCUCUGUCUGUGGGAAGAGUUACUCAAGAUCAGAUUCACUGAAAGCACACCAGAGAAUUCACACUGGAGAACAGAGAAUUCACACUGGAGAAAAAGCUUAUAGCUGUGAUCAAUGUGGGAAGAUUUUUGCUACAUCAAGCAAGCUGACUAUACACCAGAGAACACACACAGGAGAGAAAUCUUUCCACUGCUCAGACUGUGGGAAGACUUACUCAAGAUCAGAUUCACUGAAAGCACACCAGAGAAUUCACACUGGAGAGAAACUUUACAACUGCUCUGACUGUGGAAAGAGUUUUGUUAUAUCAGGAUAUUUAAAAUCACACCAGAGAAUACACACAGGAGAGAAACCGUAUAGCUGUGAUCAAUGUGACAAGAGUUUUAGUCACUCAAGCAUCCUGAUUGUACACCAGAGAACACACACAGGAGAGAAGCCUUAUAGCUGUGAUCAAUGUGGGAAGAGUUUUCCUAAAUCUAGCCAGCUGACUUCACACCAGAGAACACACACUGGAGAGAAACCUUAUAGCUGUGAUCAAUGUGGGAAGAGUUUUACUGACUCAAGCAAUCUGAAUCGACACCAGAGAACACACACAGGAGAGAAGCCUUAUAGCUGUGAUCAAUGUGGGAAGAGUUUUACUGAAUCUACUCAGCUGACUAAGCACCAGAGAAAACACACAGGGGAGGAAAUAUCAUCAUUGAUGAAACAGCAGAGGGAACACCCCCACAUCCACAUCGAUGGGACAGUAGUGGAGAGGCUAACAUCUCCGACCAUGAGUUCACUGAGCUACUCUCCUCCUGAUAAAGAAGAGGAGGUCUGCUGGACGGAGAAAGAGGGUCUGUGGCUGAAUGUUGUCGUAAAAGAGGAGAAGGAAGAGGACCAUGUCACUAUACAAAAACAAGUAGAUGCGGAGGCCACGGGAUCUCUAAAUCUGGACAGUUGCUGCUCUGAUGGAGAAGGAUGUGACUAUCGUGGAUCCUCUGGGGAGACUCAACAACCUCAUGAUGCAGAGCAGAGUCUCUCCACAUCAGAACAUCUCAAGAAACACCAGCAGACACCCACAGGAGAGAAAUCUAACCACUGCUCUGUCUGUGGGAAGAGUUACUUAAGAUCAGAUUCACUGAAAGCACACCAGAGAAUUCACACUGGAGAGAAUCCUUAUAGCUGUGAUCAAUGUGGGAAGAUUUUUGCUACAUCAAGCAAGCUGACUAUACACCAGAGAACACACACAGGAGAGAAAUCUUUCCACUGCUCAGACUGUGGGAAGACUUACUCAAGAUCAGAUUCACUGAAAGCACACCAGAGAAUUCACACUGGAGAGAAACUUUACAACUGCUCUGACUGUGGAAAGAGUUUUGUUAUAUCAGGAUAUUUAAAAUCACACCAGAGAAUACACACAGGAGAGAAACCGUAUAGCUGUGAUCAAUGUGACAAGAGUUUUAGUCACUCAAGCAUCCUGAUUGUACACCAGAGAACACACACAGGAGAGAAGCCUUAUAGCUGUGAUCAAUGUGGGAAGAGUUUUCCUAAAUCUAGCCAGCUGACUUCACACCAGAGAACACACACUGGAGAGAAACCUUAUAGCUGUGAUCAAUGUGGGAAGAGUUUUACUGACUCAAGCAAUCUGAAUCGACACCAGAGAACACACACAGGAGAGAAGCCUUAUAGCUGUGAUCAAUGUGGGAAGAGUUUUACUGAAUCUACUCAGCUGACUAAGCACCAGAGAAAACACACAGGGGAGGAAAUAUCAUCAUUGAUGUGACUGGAAAGAGUUUUGUUUUGUCAGGGCUUUUAUAAUCACACCAGACGAGACACACAGGAGAGAAGUCUCAUAGCCGAAAACAACAUGACAAAAGAUACUCUGAUAAAAUAUCUGAUUUAAACAUCAUUCAUGAAGGAGUUAAAUGCUUUUAACAUUGUAGUAGGAUUAUUCUAAUGAUGUCACAAUGUAGAAUGUUGUAACAUUGUAGUAGGAUUAUUCUAAUGAUGUCACAAUGUAGAACCCUAAACGUUUGUCCCUUGUUCUAAUUGAUUUCAGCAUGAUAUGAAUAUUAGCCUCAUCAGGGGGAAAAUCCAGGCUCUGAAAUGAAAGAGUACUAUUUAUUUGAUUAACAAAAAAAGAAAGUUGUGUUGCACUAUUUUAGUUUUUUUAAUCGUCUUAUGUUUUGCUGUGUAGUAAAUAUUUCAGUUUUUAUUUUCAUUGUUUUUAUUCGUCCAUGUCUGAAAUGUGCUAUAUAAAAAAUAAAGCUUGAUUUGAUUAAAACAAAAUGAAAACAAAACAAAUGGAUCAAAC